GUUGUCAGUUGCAUGCCAGUUGUCAUAACAUGCUUUUAACUUUUUAAGUUUAUCUUGGUAAAUAAUUGUAAACUUUUUUAAUCAUUAAUAGAAAAAUAAAAUUUAAUUAAACAUGGGACGACGUGCUAUUAAUACCACUAAAAGUGGUAAAUACAUGAAUCCUACAGAUCAAGCAAGAAAAGAGGCUAGGAAGCUAGAAUUAAAGAAAAAUAAAAAGCAGCGACAGAUGGUAAGAGCAGCUGUACUGAAAGGAAAAGAUCCCCAACAAAUUUUAGAAGAAAUGGAAAAGAUAGAUCAAAUGGAGUUCAAUGUAAACCAGCCGUCGCCUCUGAAUGAAAAAGUAUUAAAGGAUAAGAGAAAAAAGCUUAGAGAUACAUUAGAUAGAGUUCUUAGUAUGUAUUAUAAAGAUGAUCCCGAAAAGUGGGUUGAUUUGAAAAGGCGACAGACAGAAUAUGAACAAAAGAAAAACCAACUAGUAGUCUUUUAUGAGUCAGUCAAAAGUGCUCAGCAAGUUACAGUAGAUGAGAUCCCAUUACCUCAACUGCCACAAAAAAUUACAACUAUCACAAACACACCUGCACAGAUCCCAUUACCUGCAGUAGAGAGAAAACAGGAGCAUACCAUAUAUUCUAUUGCCACAGCACUAAAAUUGCAGUCAUUGGGUCAGCCAGUAAGAGAACCCCCUGGUUGUCCACCUGGUCCACCUCCUGAAAUAAAUGAUGAAGGAGAAGUAGAAGAAUUUGGUACUAAGAUUCAAGAAGAAAUUAAAGAUGCAGAGAAAAAAGAUCUAGACUCAGAAGAAACUUCCCCUGCUAAACCUACAUCUUUGCAACAAAAAAUGGUGGCUCUAUCAGGUCAAAAUGUUGAUGAGUUUAUGAAAGAAAUGGAAACUGUACAGAAAAAGGUUGAUAUACAUCGUAUUGAUGAGCAAAGGGCAAAAUUGACUGUUAAUAUAGAGCCAUUAGUACCACCAGGUACAGAAAUGCCCAGUCUACCAUCUCAAGCACCUGCUGUACCUCCACAUAUAUUCCCUGGUAACAUAAGACUGCCUCCAGGUCCACCUCCAGGAAGACUUAUGCCCCCAGGUCCUCCACCAGGUCUACCACCUAGAUUACCAAUUAGAUUGCCCCAAGUAUCAACAAGGAUGAUAAGAAUGACACCACCACAGCUUAUCCAGCCUGUAUUAUCUGCAGCUCCACAGUUAAUCAAUAGGUCUGAUUCUGUGAAGCAAGGAGUAACAAUUUCUGCCAAACCUCAAAUAAGAAAUCUCAGUGCAGAUGUCACCAGAUUUGUCCCAUCUGCUCUAAGGGUCAAACGGGAAGAUAAGAAACUUGUCAAAAACCCCAGUGCUUUUGCUAGAGAAAUGAAACAGAAGGAAUUUACUAUGCACCAGAAUGCACUUGCAGGUCAUACCAAAGAUGAUGCUUAUAAGCAGUUCAUGCAAGAGAUGGAAAACUUAUUGUAGGUUUUAUUUGGAAAUGUAUAUUAUAGAAUUGAUUUUAAAUAUUAAAUAUAAAAU